GCGGGGGGAGGGGCGGCGGGGAGGGGGCUCGGCGAGGGGACGCGGCGGCGGCGGCGCGGGGCGGCGGCGGGACGGAGCCAUGGAGGGAGCGCGGCUGCCGGGGCCCAGGUCGACGACGGAGCUGCGCAAGGAGCGGUCGCGGGAUGCGGCGCGGAGCCGGCGCAGCCGCGAGACCGAGGUGUUCGUGCAGCUGGCGCACGCCCUGCCCCUGCCCCGCGGCCUCGGCGCCCACCUGGACAAGGCCUCGGUCAUGCGCCUCACGCUCAGCUUCCUGCGCCUGCGCCGCCUGCUCGCCCACGGGGCGUGGGCUGAGGCCGGGGAGGAGCCGGUGGCCGCCUGCUACCUGAAGGCGCUGGAUGGCUUCGUCAUGGUGCUGAGCGGCGAUGGGGACAUGAUCUACCUGUCGGACAACGUGGGCAAGCACCUGGGCCUCGGGCAGCUGGAGCUGCUGGGCCACAGCGUCUUCGACUUCGUGCACCCCUGCGACCACGAGGAGCUGCAGGACGUGCUCAGCCCCCGGCAGGGGUUCUCCAAGAAGCGGACGGAGCCGACGGAGCGCUGCUUUGCGCUGCGCAUGAAGAGCACGCUGACCGCCCGCGGCCGCACCGUCAACCUCAAGUCGGCCACCUGGAAGGUGCUGCACUGCGCUGGGCACCUGCGGACCUAUGGGGCGGGGCCGGGGGCGGGGCCGGGACCAGAGGAGGCGGAGCCGCCGCUGCGCUGCCUGGUGCUGAUCUGCGAGGCCAUCCCGCACCCUGCGCACGUGGAGGCGCCGCUGGGCAGCAGCGCCCUGCUCACGCGCCACAGCAUGGACAUGAAGUUCACCUACUGCGACGACCGGAUGGUGGAGGUGGCGGGGUACACGCCCGCCGAGCUGCUGGGCUGCUCCGUCUACGAGUACGUCCACGCCCUCGACUCGGACACCGUCAGCCGCAGCGUCCACACCCUGCUGAGCAAGGGGCAGGCGGUGACGGGGCAGUACCGGUUCCUGGCCAAGAGCGGGGGCUACCUGUGGACCCAGACCCAGGCCACCGUCAUCUCCAACAGCAAGAACGCGCAGCCCGAGGGCAUCGUCUGCGUCCACUUCGUGCUCAGCUGUGUGGAGGAGACAGGGGUGGUGCUGUCCCUGGAGCAGACGGAGCGGCAGGGGGAGGGGCGGCGCCUGCCCCCCCCGGCCCCCCCCGGCCCCCUGCCCACCGGAGCCCUCGACGACCCCGACGCCGGCGACACCAUCAUCAACCUCAGCUUCGAGCUGCGGGGCCCGCGGCUCCUGGCCUUCCUGCACCCGGCGCACGUGAGCGAGGCUGACCUCCAGCGCGACCCGCGGCGCUUCUGCAGCCCCGACCUGCAGCGCCUGCUUGGGCCCAUCUUCGACCCCCCGGGGGGCAAGGGGGUGGAGCCUCUCCCUGGCCCACCCCCCAAGGCUAGCACCGCCCCCAGCCGCCCCAUCAAGGGCAUCUCCCCGGCGCUGCCGGCCGAGCUGCUGCUGGACGUGGAGGGCGUCUGCGUGCAGAAGCUGUUUGCGUCGAGCGCGGAGGUGGAGACGGCGCUGCAGGACGCGGAGGGGCUGGACCUGGAGAUGCUGGCGCCCUACAUCUCCAUGGACGACGACUUCCAGCUGGGUGGACCCGGCGCGGAGCCGGCCUGGCGACCACGGCCCCCCCCGCGCCCGCGCUCCAGCAGCUUCCACGGCGCCGAGCCACGGCCCUCCCCGCCCCCCGGCCUGCCCCGCUGGGGCAGCGACCCCCGCCUCGCCCAGUCCCGGCCUGGACAGCCCCCUGGGGCGCGGGGCACCGCUGGCAAGAGGACCCUGGAGCUGAGCCCGGAGGAGGACGAGGCGUCGCCCCCCAAGAGGGCUCCCCCCCGCCCCGAGCCCCCCGGCCUGCUACCUGCCCUCAGCCUGGGCUUCCUGCUGAGCGUGGAGGAGGGGCUGGACAUCGCCCCCCACCGGGGCAAGAAGCUGCUGGCCCUGGAUGAGCCGAUGGCCCUGCUCCGGGACCUGCUGCCCUUCGCGGUGGACACCGACCUCCUGGCCGACCUGGCCCCCAGCCCCUGACCCCCCCCUGCGCCCCCCACCCCCCCGCGGCCGCCCCCCACCAGCAUCUUCUUGCCUUCCCCUCGGGGCCCUGCGACCACAUCCUACCUCAGCCCUGCCCCCCCGCGGCCCCCCCAGGAUCGGGGCACGGGGGGGACCCCCCCCUUCAUGGUGCUAGACCCCCCCAGGGGGCUUGGGGGGCCCUUCAGAAGCCAAAUACGGGGCUGAACAGGGGGAAGCGAUGGGGUCAUCAAAGCUGGGGGGUGGGAUCUCCCCCCCCCCAUACUGGCCCCCUGCCCUCCCCUCCCCCCAGCCUAGCAGGGACCCUUUACCUGUAUGAGGGGGCCACGCGGCCCCCCCCACCCCUUUCUGGUGCCUGUUGGUGACUUGUUUACUGGGGCCUCGCCCAUUCCCUGCCAGGGGGCCACGAUGCCCCCCCCCCGGGGUCUCCCCGGGGUUCGGUACCCACGCUGGGGCUUCAGUAGCCCUGUAGGCCCCCCCACCUGAGUAACCCUAUAGACCCCCCCAAGAGGGACCCCAAUAUUUUUUUGGGGGGAGGGGGGUGUGGACGGACCAGGCCUGGAUCCCUCCGGCCCCGGUGCCCGGGGUGGGGACAGACAUUCCCGCCCCCCUCAGUCCCUGAACUGUGGAAUUGGGGGGUUUUAGCGCUUUGUUUCUGGGCCCCGGUGGGGGGGGCACGAGGGCCGUGCUCUGGCUCGCACGAGGAGCCCGGAGGCACAGGUGGGGGUUGCUCCCCGCGCCUGGAGCUGUCCUGGGGUCGCGGCUGCAGCUAGUGCUUGGAUCAGGCACGGGGGCUGUCCGAGGAUAACCCCGGACACACGGCCUUUAUCCCGGGAUAAUGGCCUUCGUCCCAAGAGAAUGACCUUUAUCCCAGGGUAACAACCUUUAUCUUGGGGUAAAGACCUUUAUCUCUGGAUAACCUUUAUCCUGGAAUAAUGACCUUUGUCCCAGGAGAACAACCUUUAUCCCAGGGUAACAUCCCUCCAGGGCUUCCUACGCAGCCAGUAUGGGGUUAAUUCCAUUGGUGUAAACGAGUCACAUGCUGGGCCUUCAGCUCCGCCCAGCCACUUUGCAUAUGAACGAGUGGUCCCACUUAGGGGUGGAGACUCUCCUGCAAUCCCCCUGGUGGGAGUGAAGCUACACUAACCCCCCUCCCCUGCCAGACCCUUCCCGGGGUAAGUGUGGACAGAUGGUGGCUCGCUCACGCUUACAGACGGCCCCCCCCAACUCAUUAACCGGCUCUAAUUGGGUGCCGGUGGCAGAGGCGGGGAGUGGGUAUAUCCCGGGAUAAGCUGUGAUGCGGGUGCUAUUAGACCGGGGUAAGUCUCUUACCCCCAGCGGGGUGGAGCUCCUCCCCCCACCCCCAGUCUUUCCCAGUACAGACCAGUUUCUUUGUGUAUCGGAUCUUGAACUCGCUUUCGCAAAGCGCCCACCCCGACCCCGGGGCCAAACGCACACUCCCGGGGGGCUCACAUGCCCUUCGCACUAGUGUCGAGGCUCGCAUGUGUGCGAGGGAGCCCCCCUGCCUCUCCCCCCCCAAGUCUAUUGUGCUUGACGACACCCCAGCAAAACAGCAUGAGGAAAAACCUCCCCCGAUCCGUAGCUGGGGGGGCCGUGCCCCCCCACCCCCAGGUGCCAGGCCCCCCCCCCCCCCCGGGCCUGGCACCCUGGCAGCUGUUCACAGCCGCACACAAUCACACGCACACACCAAUAGACCAGCGCGGGGGGGCACAGGGGCAGCCACCCUACCGCCCACCUGCGCCACCUCCGUCCUCACCUUGUCUGUGGGUCCCAUUCAUGUCGCGUCCCCUCCUGCCCUGUAUCGGGGUCUCAGUCCCCUCAGCCACAGCCCCCCUGGAUCUAGGGGUCUUCCCCCCCAGCCUGUCCUAUGUUAGGGGUCUCCCCCCCGAAUCUAGGGGUCUUGCCCCCCCCACACUCAGCCUGUCCUGUAUUAGGGGUGUCAGCUCCCCCAGAUCUAGGGGUCUUGGCCUGUGCCCCUGGGAGCCUGCCCUAUACCGGGGGUCUCUGCCCCCCCAAUCUGGGGGUCUCACCCCCCCCACUUGACCUGCCCCAUAUCAGGGAGUCUCAGCCCCCUGCCAGCCACGGCCCCCCCAGAGCUGGGGGUUUCAGCCUCCCCCAGACCACGGCAGCUACUUCAGAGUGGGGUCCCCCUUUGUGGGACCCCCUUUUUUAAUGGGGGGGCGACCACGAUCACUGUGAUACAGAGGACCCCCCCACGCACACAGACCCCCCCCGCCCCCCCCCCAGGAAGGGGUUUGGGGUGGGGGCGCGCAAGGCUGGGCCCAAUCCUGAGCUCACCAGUGGGGAAGGCAGGAGCCAGUGGGGUAGAAGUGUCAAUCAGGAGUGACUCCUGUGAUGUCAGUGGGGUAAACUGGUGUCAAUCAGGAGUGACUCCAGAGAAGUCAGGGUAUCCGUGGCUGCAAAUGAGUGAUCCCACUGAUACCCAAGGGAUAGAACCGGUGUAAAUCAGGAGUGUCUCCAUAGACACCGAUGGGGUAGAACAGGGGCCAUCAAUCAGGAUUGCCUCUGUUAAACCUUGAGGUAUAGAUUGGUGCAAAUCAGGAGUGACUCGGCUUUGGGGUAAAACUGAUGUCAAUCAGGAGCAACUCCAUUGAUUCUCUGGGGUAAAAGUGCAAAUCAGGAGUGAUUCUGUUACACUUUGGAUAGAAGUGGUGUCAAUAAGGAGUGACUCUUGUGAUGAUUAGGGUAGAAGUGGUGUAAAUCAGGAGCAGCUCCCUUGGCAUCAAUGGGGUAGAAAUGGCUUAAAUCUGGAGUGACCCCCCAUACAUAGAUUGAUGUAAAUCGGGAGUGACUCUGAUUUCCAUGGGGUAAAACGACUGUCAAUCUGAUAUUGCCCCAUUGAUUCUUUGGGGUAAAAAUGGUGCAAAUGAGUGACUCCAUUGAUUUCUGUGGGGUAAAAGUGGUGCCAAGCCCGAUCCACUCCCAUUCAUUCUCUAGGGACAAUCAGUACAGAUCUGGAGUGAUCUCUGUGGACAGAAAUGGUGUUAAUCAGGAGUGACUCCAUUGGCAUCUUGGGGUAGAAUGGGUGUAAAUCAGGAGUGACUAGUGGAAUCGGGAGGCACAAAUUGGUGCCACUCAGGAGCAUCCCUGCUGACUCCAUUGGGGUAGAACUGGAGUCGCUCCGGAGUGACUCCCCCAAGUGGUGGGGUGUAGGGACUGAUUUCCAUGGGGUAAAAUCAGUGCCGAUCUGGAUUGACCCUCCUUGAUUCUGUGGGGUUAAAGUGGUGCAAAUCAGGAGCGAUGCCGGUGGGGUGGACCCGGUGUUGCUCUGGAGUGACUCCAGGGCCAGGCUGGGCCGGGGGGUUUCCGCGUGUCUGUAGCGUGUCCUCGCCGUGUCCGUCUCUGCCUGUCGCUGUCGUGAUCAUAAACACGUCUGGUAACGA